GCUACAAGAGGAAACUAAUUCUUUCUAAACCUCUUGGAAAUUAAAAGAAUCAGGAAAGAUGAGAACAAUAAUACUCUUCGUUUUGUUUUCCCCUUUUGUGAUUUCCUCUGGAAUUGACCAAGAUUAUUCCCCAUUUGAUUCUCCCCUGCCUGACUCCAAAUCAAGAUUUGCCAUGUUAGACGACGUCAAAAUCUUAGCCAACGGCCUUCUUCAACUAGGACAUGGUCUUAAGGAUUUUGUCCACAAGACCAAGGGACAAAUUAAUGACAUAUUCAAAAAACUUAACAUCUUUGAUCAGUCUUUUUAUGCUCUCUCAGAACAAACAAAUGAGCUCAAGGUGGAAGAAGAGCAGUUACGAGAAACCACAUCUAAACUUCAGGCCAGAAACGAAGAGAUGAAGAACAUGUCGCUUGAACUCAAUUCGAAACUCGAAGGCCUCUUACGAGAAAAGCUUCAACUUCAACAGAAAGUUGGGGGACUGGAGGAGAAAUUAGCAAACUUUGAUAAAAUUCAACCGGAGAUACAGGAACCCAAAGAAGUUAUCUCGCUCAAAAGCUUUGUAGAACGGCAAGAUAGCAAAAUCAAAAACCUCCUGGAGAUUGUGCAAGAGCAGUACGCACAACUCGAUAAGCAACACAAUCAAAUUAAAGACAUCGAGGAAAAGCUGAGAAAGACCGGCUUCCAAGAAACCACAGACACUUCAUUUUCUUCAAAACAGAGAGCGCCACGGACUAUUCCUUCUUUACAAUUUAAUGCGACCAGAAAAUCUGAAGGUCAUGGUGUUCUGGCUGAUUGUUCUGCCAUUUAUGAUGGAGGUGAACAGUCGAGUGGUGUAUACUCCAUAAGGCCCAAUGAAUCUGAGGCCUUUAAUGUCUACUGCGAAGUAAAAUCAGAUAGUUCAUGGACAGUAAUUCAACGCAGAUCGGAUGGAUCACAAAAUUUCAAUGAAACCUGGGAGAGCUAUGAACGUGGAUUUGGCAGCCUUGAUGGGGAAUUCUGGCUGGGCCUAGAGAAGAUCUAUUCCAUAGUCAAGCAAGGGGAUUACAUCUUACGGAUCGAGCUGGAAGACUGGAAGGACAACGAGCGCUAUGUUGAAUAUUCGUUUACCUUGGGGAGUAAAGACACAGACUACCUCCUGCACCUCUCUGAGAUUACAGGCAGUAUUCCCAACGCGCUCCCCGAACACAGAGAUCUGGCGUUUUCUACGUGGGAUCACGGCACGGGAAGAGAUUUCAACUGUCCAGAAGGCGCUUCAGGUGGCUGGUGGUGGGAAAAUGCAUGUGGAGAAACCAACUUGAACGGGAAAUACGCCAAACCGAGAUCGAAGAGUAAACCGGACAGGAGACGAGGACUGUCCUGGAAACCCUCGAGGGGCAGGUCCUACUCCCUCAAGGCCACCAAAAUGCUGAUCCACCCAACGGACUUAGGAAGUUUUGAAUGAUAUGCACCCAGGCAAGUGAAGUGAAAAAAGCAAAUAAAUGGAACAAAAACUCUUCAGCAGUUACUGUGGUUUAAUGAUCAGUAAUGCAACCCCGACAGGGAGGAGUGAAGGAAGAGUUGAAUUUAAUAGCCUAAGGGGUUUGCCGUAGGCUAAUUUGAGCCUCCUGCAGUAGGAGUUAAACGUACCGGUUUUGUUUUUUUUUCCAAGACCAAAAUUGCUGUAUCACCAUCCCUGAUGAGCUUUUACUUUUUCCAGCUGGAUGCCGUCUGACGCUCUAGAUCACAUCGACGGCGUACGGAUAUUUUCUAAACAGUGUAUCGAUUUCAUAUGGUCUUUUUAUACAAUCUAAGCUUAUUUUUGGUAAAAAUAUACAAUGAGAAAGCCAUCUUUUCACUGAACCCGUCCCAGAGCUGCUUGUCUUUUUCACUCAUGAAAGCAGUUCGGUUUCAAGACAGAUCCAACUACUAAAAGGUAGCUUGGGAUAUUUCGAGACAUGAAUGAAUGUAAAGGUCAAAUACUUCCACAUUUAGGAAAUACUGUCAGGUUACCAUUCAUUUGAAAGCUGGAAUUCAUCAGAAUAAAAGCACUUCUGACGAUCCAAAAUGUAACGCUCAAAAUUUAUGCUAUACUUUUCUGAAGAAUAAUUUGUAUCAAAUGUUUGCGAUACUUUAUUUAUGAAAUCAAAUGAAGCAGGAUGAAAUACUGUGUUUAAAUAAGCUCGGUGCCUUUGAAACAGAUGGAGUACAUCAUAUUAUUAAGUCAUAUUGACUUCACCUCGGGAUCAAUGUAUUCUUACUCACCUUUUGUAUCUUCACUGUACUGUAUGCAUUUUUUAGCACCUACGACUGUAAAAGGACUUUUGAAGCUGCCUUGUCAAAAUAAAACAAAUGCGAAUGUGAA